GCUAAACAGCAGACUCACACAAACUGCUUGAUGGGAGGAGUGUCAAUCGGUGUGCUGUCAAUCAGAGCCUCGGCUUCUCUUUCAUCUCUCCUUCCUCCCAAUGACUGAAGAGAGAGAAAGAGGAGGAGGAGGAGGAGGAGGAAGAGGAGGAGGGUGCACAGCUACAUUACCAACACACACAUACACACACUGCUUACAUUACACUGUGGAAGCAGUGCAGGGAGCAGUGGGAAGUCGCUUUUUCUCUCCCAUCUCUCUACCUUCUUCUUUUUUUCUGAUUGUUUUAUGACUUUUUUUUGCUUUCAUCCCUCCUGCAGGUUGAGGAUGUAUUUUGACGCAUGAGAAGCAGCGUCUCCAGCAGUCUACUAAAAACUACUGUGUGUUUUAUUCCAGUUGCAAAUCCAUCCAUCAGUUAUCACCUACCAGACUGGUGUUUUGCUUUUCUUUUUUUUCCACUUUUCAAGGACAAGACAGCUUCUUCUCCACUGGACCACUGAGGAAAUAUUAUUAUAAAUGCACUUUUUAAGUCAUUUUUUUGAUACUGGACCAUAUCCGUCGUCGGUUGUUGACUGAAAAACUAGUGAUGAGAUUUUAAACUCGUGGUUUCCUCUUCCUUUUUUUUAUUUUUUUUCCUCCUCAUGACAUUGAGGCGUGCUCUCAGUCUGAGACUUUCAAUCUCAAGUUUUUAAUGUGUGAGUUUCAGUAGUUUUAAACAGUCAAAGUGGUGAGAAAAGGACGACAGCAGCAGCUUCACGCCUCCUGUUGCUCCAGUAGAAACGCACCGGACACCGGCAGCGUGUUCGCACUCUCCGGUUAAAGAGAGGAGGACUUUUACGCACCACGGUUUCACCGUUUCUGGGGGAUUUUAGUGGGACUUUUCCCCCUCUGUAGUCUCGGAACAGUUCUGGCGUGUGUGUGUUGUCUUCAGUUGUCUUGGCAGAACAGUAAAAACACAUUAAACAUGCCACAGUUAUCAGGCGGUGGUGGUGGAGGAGGAGGAGAUCCGGAGCUCUGCGCCACCGACGAGAUGAUCCCGUUCAAAGACGAGGGAGACCCGCACCACAAGGAGCAGAUCUUCGCCGAGCUCAGCCACUCGGAGGAGGAGGGAGACCUGGCAGACAUCAAGUCAUCUCUGGUCAACGAGUCAGAGAGCAGCCCCAACAGCAACAGCCACGAUGCAGCUAGACAGUCCCAAAUACCGCAAGAUUCAUAUCAUGAAAAACACAGAGACCAUUUGGAGGAUGCAAAACUCCAAGACCUGUACAGUAAAGGCCAUCCGUACCAGGGCUACCCAGGCUACAUCAUGAUGAGCAACAUGAACGACUCCUACAUGAGCAAUGGCUCCCUCUCGCCGCCCAUGCCCAGAACGUCCAACAAAGUCCCCGUGGUGCAGCCGUCCCAUGCAGUCCACCCACUCACACCACUGAUCACGUACAGUGACGAGCACUUCGCCCCCGGUCCUCACCCCCAGGAUGUCAACAAACAAGGAAUGCAGAGGCAUCACCCCGGACCAGACAUGACCAACUUCUACUCCCUGUCUCCUGGAGGAGUCGGGCAGAUCACGCCACCGCUGGGAUGGUUCUCACACCACAUGGUGCCCGGCCCCCAAGGUCCCCACGCCACAGGGAUCCCCCACCCGGCCAUCGUCAACCCACAGGUCAAACACGAGCCUCCGCAUGAAACAGACAUCAUGCACAUGAAAUCUCAGCACGAACAGAGAAAGGAGCAGGAGCCCAAAAGACCGCACAUCAAGAAGCCGCUAAACGCCUUCAUGCUCUACAUGAAAGAGAUGCGUGCGAAUGUGGUCGCCGAGUGCACGCUGAAGGAGAGCGCUGCCAUCAAUCAGAUCCUGGGACGAAGGUGGCAUGCUUUAUCUCGGGAAGAGCAAGCUAAGUAUUAUGAGUUAGCCCGCAAGGAACGGCAGCUCCACAUGCAGCUCUACCCAGGCUGGUCCGCUCGAGACAAUUAUGGAAAGAAGAAGAAGCGGAAGAGGGAGAAGAUGCAGGAAUCAGCCCCGGGUACAGGCCAGAGAAUGAAAACGGCGUACAUCUGAGAAUAUGGAGGAAAACGGAACAAUUUCUCCACAUGCAAAGCGAAGGCAGCAGCUACGGGCCCUCUGCUAGAGAUGGAGGCCUGUUAGAUUCCAUGAAGACCCUUAAAUCUCCAAACUGAAGCCUCCAGUUCUCAGAGGAUCCCACCUCCACCCAUCUCUUCCAACCCCUUACUCCCCUUUCCUUCAACACCGUCACAUGCCACCACCACCACCACCACCACCACCACCACCAAAAACACUUCACUGUUUGACUCUACUCCCGUCCUGAAGGCGCCUGGCUGCUGUAGAGACACUGAACUGAACUGAACAAGACAAUCAUGAUAAGUAGGAGCACCCUCACGCAACCACCGUCUCUCACCGAAAAAAAAAAAAUCAAUUUGACGUCUGUGUUUUCCUUUUUACAAUCAGCUUUACUGCAAUCCCAAGGCACUGCACUGAAAAACAGCAGCAAUUUUGAUGUGCGCACAAACUUCUCCACUGCACCGCCCAAACACUCCGCCUGUUUCUAAGUUACUGUAAGUUAUUCGUCAUCUCGGUUCCUUUGUAUAGUUCAUUAGGCCGACAUUCAACACCCCCAACCACCCCAUUCUCUCUCUCUCUCUCUCUCCUUGGAUUUUUGAGACCAUUUGGGGUUUCGCCCGACCGACCAAACACCUCUUUUUAGACUGCACUAAAGGAAGCCGGAGGAAUCUCAUCUUGUCUACGAAACGUCCUCAAGACGCCAUUCUUAGUUUGUCGCUGACCAGUUGGUGCAAAAAAGGAUCAACAUUUUGAUUUGCUUUUCAUUUUAGACUGAAUUUUAUUUUGAAUGCUUUUUUUGUAUCUUGAACCCUUGUUUCAAUUUCUCGGUGUAUAUUUUAGUGAUUUUGUUUUUUUAAAUAUUGUUUUUUUUAUAUAGUGGUAUAUAUGAAAAUAAGCUUUGGACACAGGAAAGCCAUUUUUCUUGUUGAAGCAUCUUGCAGAAAAUUGAAACUUAAGGCUUCUUUUGAUAACUAUUUGUAACAAAUAGUGACCUCGAGUCUUGCUCAGAUGUAAAAUAAUGCUCAGUAUGUGUACUUUUUAAAACUGUCAGGAUAUGUCAAUUUUCUUGGUAUUUUUGCAGGCAACAUUAGGACAAAGGCGAGAGUGAUAGCUCAGAGGCCUAUAUUUUAUUGUUCUAAAACAUGACAAAUGAAGCAGAUAUAUAUAUUUACCCCAGCACUUGGCAGUCUUUCUUUUAUUGCAAUGGACCUUUGUCUUUUCUCUCUGGUAGCUAAUAGUGUGGUCUUUAGCCAUGUUGUUUAUUCCAUGCAAGCAUCUCUGUAACAUUUUGAUUUCAAUGCUCUAUUUUAGUAUUACUUGAUGAAUUCCUUUUUUUAUUAUCAUAUUUUGGGUCACUGUCAUCUUGGUAUAGCAUUUUGCUUCCCAAGUGGUCAUAUUUGAACUGUUUCAACAUGUUUUUUUUUGUAAGAAAAAUAAAAAGGCACCAUUGGCUCAUUUGAUCACUUGUGUGGUGGAAAGACCAGAGCUGGAAGUGCCAGAUGUAGCA